AUGUCGGGAAGACUGAAUACCCGGGAUGUGGUCACAGGCGCCUGGUGGGACCCAGAGAUCCGAGAUGCUCCUAAAGGUGACACCAGCUCCCAGACAGAGAACGCAAAGCUGAGUGCUUUGCAGAAAAAGCUGGAUAUUGAGCUGAAGGUGAAGCAUGGAGCAGAGAAUAUGAUCAACGCAUAUUCCAAUGAUCCUCCCAAAAAUGCCAAACAUAUUGCCGCUGCCCAGAAAAAACUUAAACGCAGUGAGAAAAAAAUAGCCAGGUUGCGCAGUCGAAUCCAGUCUCUUAUAAAAGAACAACCAUCGUUACCAGCUCCGGAGACGGACAUUAAUACUGCUGCCCCUUCGCUGUUGGUGACGGAGAGACAGGAGCCAGAGCCGGCUGGCGAUUUUCCAAUCUUACCUUUGAAAUCAAUUACCCUACCGGAUGUGAAACAUGACUUUGAGACGCCUAGUCAGACAUAUUUAGAUGGCAUUCAGCAUGAAAUUUCAGCUUAUGUUAAGAUCCAGAAUAUACUGGCCCAGCGCGCCAGACGUCAGAUACCUGAUGCUGUUGAGCAGAAAGUAGAUCAACUUCCAGAGUCUCCAGAGACUCACGACUCUCUCCAAACUGUCAGUGGCUCAUCAGCUAGUGAUAGUUUCUCCACUGUUGACCUGAACUCUUCUUCAAGUGACAUCUCAUUGGAAAGUACUGAGAUCUCAGAUGCUCCUACAAGUGACACCAGCUCCCAGGCAGACAACGUGAAGCUGAGUGCUUUGCAGAAAAAGCUGGACAUUGAGCGGAAGGUGAAGCAGGGAGCAGAGAAUCUGAUCAUCGCAUAUUCCAAUGAUCCUCUCAAAAAUGCCCACCAUAUUGCUGCUGUCCAGGAAAAACUUAAAGACAGCGAGAAUAAAAUAGCCAGGUUGCGCAGUCAAAUCCAGUCUCUUAUCAAAGAAGAACCAUCGUUACCAGCUCCGGAGACGGACAUUAGUACUGCUGCUCCUUCGAUGUUGGUGACGGACACACAAGAGCCAGAGCCGGCUGGCGAUUUUCAAAUCUUCUCUAUGCAACCAGUUGUCCUACCGGAUGUGGAACCUGACUUAGACGCUCCUCCUGCUCCAAGUCAGACAUUUUUAUAUAGCAUUCUGCGUGAGAUUUCGAUUUAUAUUGAGUUCCCGGAUUUCCUGGCUCAGGAUUUUGGAGAAGGCCACGAACAUACCAGCGAUGGCAAAGAAAUGGUUACAAACCCAACAACAGACGUGCAUAUUCGUCCCCGGAUUCCUCUCACCAUGGAGGACUUCAAGCUCCGCUCUGUGCUGGGUAGAGGGACCUUCGGGAAAGUUCUGCUGGCUAAAUACAAGGACACAGGCAACAUGUAUGCCUUGAAAGUAAUUAGAAAAGGAAACAUAGAAUCAUCAUCAAUACUCGAUUGGUCAGUAAAUGAAGAACAAUUAAUGGUUUUUGGAAAGAAAAGCCUUCUGAUUGAGAAGCGGGUAUUUCAAGCUGUGACCAUCAGGCGUCACCCAUUUCUUAUUAACAUGUUUGGAAGUUUCCACACUCAAGAUCACGCAGUUUUUGUGAUGGAAUAUGCUGCUGGGGGCGACCUAAAGACACACCUCAAACGAGGUCCAUUUCCAGAACCCAGAGCUGUAUUUUAUUCUGCUUGUGUCGUCCUGGGACUGGAGUUUUUACACCAACAGAAGAUCAUCCACCGAGACCUGAAAUUAGACAAUAUUGUUCUAGACGAAAAAGGGUUCGCAAAGAUCACAGACUUUGGUCUUUGCAAAGAAGGAAUCGGAUACGGAGACACAAUUGGGUCCCCUUGGGGAACACCGCUUUACGCAGCUCCUGAAGUCUUAAUGGGCAAGCCGUACACAAGAGCUGUAGACUGGUGGAGCGCUGGAGUGGUCAGUUAUGCAAUGCUGUCUGGAAAGUUCCCCUUCGACAGCCUUGAUAUAGACAUACUGACUGCGAGUAUCAUCAAAGGAACAUUUCUAUACCCAGAAUCUAUAUCAAGAAAUGCUACUUCGUUAAUAAGACAGCACAUAGACUGGGCUGCGUUAUUAUUAAAGAAUGUGACGCCACCAUUUGUGCCCACCAUUGACGGAACUGAAGAUGUCAGCAAUUUUAGUUGCAUGUUUACCUUAGAAUAUCCUAAGUUAACUCCUCCAAAAAGGCGAACUGAAAUACCGUGCUACGAGGCGGAGGCAUUUGAGGACUUUAAUUGGAGGGCUGAUUGGAAUUAA